CUCUCUCGCGCGCGUUCAUUUUCAAUUCAGCCGCUUCGUGGACCGCAAGAGAGGAAGAGACACCACCGAAAUGAACGGUCUUCUGCCGUUCUUACUAUUGCCCAUCUUGACAGCGGCCCAUACAACUCGAACUGGAGUUCCAAAGUUGUGGAAUUACACGACGGUGGACAAACUGAAACAUGAGCUACUCGCGGAUUACGACAAAUUCACCCGGCCAUCGCACCACACCAACACCACAGUGGUCACCAUUGACCUGAAUCUCAAGCAUAUUGAUCUGGAUGAAAUGUCUUCAAUUCUGACUGUAUACGCCUGGGCAAAAAUGUUGUGGAAUGACGAUAAGUUGAAAUGGAACGCCUCGGACUAUGAAAAUUUAGAAACGCUUCACUUAGCCGACCAUGAAGUGUGGCAGCCAGAUAUCACCCUUUACAACAGCGCCCAGGGCAGUGAAGUUGACCACUACGGAAACACGCACUGCAUUGUGCAGCACGACGGACAGGUGCUGUGGGUCCCCCCAGCCGAGUUUCAUGCAUUUUGCCAAAUCGACCUGCACUACUGGCCAUUUGACACUCAGACAUGCACACUGAUGCUGGGCUCGUGGACCUACGACGGAGAGCAAAUCGAUCUGCAACUUGAUGACGGCGACUCCGUGCUGGAGAUGAUGAACAACAACUCGCAAUGGGAAAUCAUGGGAGUGCAAAAGCAGAGGAAUCUCAAAUACUACAACUGCUGCCCGGAGGCGUACAUUGACGUGACCUACACCCUGCAAUUGCGGAGGAGGUCCGAAGCCUACCGAACGGUGGUCAUCACGCCGGCCACAGUGGUGGUUUUGCUGACUCUGGCCACAUUUCUGCUACCGAGCCACGCUGGGGAGAAAAUCAUUCUGAAUGGCCUGACAGCCGUGAUCAUCUGUAUACUGCUACUGUCGUUCAGUGAGAGACUGCCAGAGAUGGCCUACAGGCCUCCUUUAAUUAUUCUCUUCUAUGGAUCGUGUCUGACGAUGGUGGCUCUGGCCUUGAUCGAGUCGGUGGUGGUUAUACGGAUCUCAAAAAAUACCUGUGCGCACCCACUACCCUGGUUCAUCAAACAGGCCCUGUCAGGAUGGCUAGGUUCAGUGCUGCUCCUCGGGCCGCUGCCCUCGAUGCAGCCAACCAAUCUCAGCUCAAUUGGAGAGGAAAUGAGGGACCACGCUGAAGACCAACAUGACCAGCAGCAUAUUAUAGGCCGCCGCACGUCCAGCCCAGUUAAUUUGUCUCACAGGGACUGGCUCAUGUUUGCGUCGGCUAUUGACAGGGCCUUUUUCAUCAUUUACCUGUUUGUAUUCCUAAUCCUGUUCAUUUCCUUCCACGUUUAAUUAAAUGACUGCAACUGCCGAUUGCCACAAAAAGGUAUUUUUUUUUAAUUUUACACGGUGAUAAUAAAAUUCUCAAGUGUUUGAUGCCA